CCUCACUUCGCUCUUCACGUCUCCCACGCCGCGAACCCUUCUGUUUCUCUCUCUCUCUCUCUCUCUCUCGAGCGAGCGAUCAUGGAGUCGCAGAAGGAGGAGAUGAAGGCCAUGGAGGUGCAGCUCGAGAAGGACCCCAGCCGGAAGCACGCGUUCGACGUCAUCAUCGGCGACAGGUUCUUCCUCUCCGUCGCCGUCGCCGGCGACCCGGAGGGCGACCCCAUCGUCAAGGACUGGGUCCAGCAGGUCCACAAGUCGCACCGCAAGGGGAAGAAAGGGGAGGCCGUCGUCGUCGGCAUCUCCGCCGAGCGGAGCCGGAACUACGCCAACGCCCUGUACACGCGCUACAUGCGGACGCCCGGUUCGAAGGACAAUCCCUACGACUUGCUGCAGCUCUGCGCGGGGAGCCAGUGCCUCCUCUACGAGCUCGAUCCUUCGCACCCCAUCCCCAAGGUCCUCAAGGACUUCGUCCACGAUUCGAGGAUCUUCGGCGUUGGGGUGGAGGCGAUGGCCAAGGAGCUCGAGAGGGAGUACGGGCUGACGAUGCGGAAGCCCGUGGAGCUCCGGAAGGUGGCGGAGAAGUCCAAGGAGGUCUCGCUCGGGUACGUCGACUUCCGGAAGAAGAAUCUGGAGCAGCUGGCGCGGAUCGUGCUGGGAGCGGAGGCCGAGGUGGCGAGGCCGAGGAAGAUUAAGUGGCAGAUGCACGAUAAGUACGGCCCGGGCGCGUGGGAUUAUGAUAUCAGGCUAUCCGACGAGCUGAUCAAGCACGCGAGCAUCGACGCCUUCCUGGCUUGCAAGAUGGGGACGAAGCUGUUGAAGGAUGUUUGACUGAUCGUGGUUAGUCCUGCGCUUUUUUGGGUACGAACUUACUGGUACGGUGAUGGUCAUCGAGUUUGUUGAUGAGGGAAUUGAUGAUCGCCGAUUAGGCACUAUUAUUGGCACAAAAACUUCGUCGUGUUUCUACAGUA